GGUUCACCACACCGCACCACAGCGACCUCUCGGUGCCUCCUGGCGGUGCCUCCUGUGGUGCCUCCUGUGGUGCCACAGCGAGGCCCCCUCCUCGCCUCCCGGCCGGCGUCCUGGGCCUCUCGGGCAUUCCAGAUCGAGAGGAGGAUUGCACUAUUCCAAGGCGCACUUUGGCGAUGAUGAUAAGAUACGGCGCUGAGUCUCCCGCAGAUUUUUUCCCUCCCGCAUCACAGGGUGGCAUGUGCACGUGUGCGUGACGUCACGAUGAGGGUACCCAAGGUUCCCCCCUAUUGGUCGCCGACGCCGCUGUCGUCACGAGUCUCCCGGAAUGCACGUCGUGAUUGGCUUUCGCCUUAGCAGUCCGUCCAAUCGUAACUGGAAUAUAAAGAUGAGAGCCUAAGAAACCCGUGUUCUGAUUGGCGUAUUGGGCGUGGCAUACCUCGAGGACUCUGGGUAGUGUCGUCUCCUCCCAUUGGCUGCUGAGCGCGGGCCAAGAUGGCAGCAGCGCCACUUCUAGUGAGGCGAUUGGUCGAGGCGGCGGUGGGCGGGGCCGACUAGCCCUAACGAGCAUAAUUGCCGUAUAUAAAGAAAAGUUGGUGGUUAGAUUUGAUCAAGUCGAUGUGAGCGCUUUGCCUUCCUGGCUAAAUUAGUGGAAGCCGGAGACCAAUUGAGACUAGUUAGAGUCGCAGGCCGGACGGAAUUGGGGCGACCCGCGGAAAGUUGCGACUGCUGAUUACCCGCCCAUUGUUCUCGUUAGAGGAUAUUUCUAGGAUCGCGAGGCGUGGGGAGCCCCCAAUUGUGACCAUUGGCGGGCGGCCGUCUUGUGUGCGAGUGCCAGCGCCCCUGGAAGCCCCGGCCGUGACGCCGCUCCCUUGAUUACCACUUAUUACCACUGCCUACGGAGCCACAGGUCCCGGCCUCAGCGCGGAUCCCUCUUGGGGCGGCGAACGAGUACUACCUCUUCCUCUCCGAGGUCCUGCGGCCCACCACGGGCUCUGGAAGAGUCCUCGAGUCCCAGCGCGAAGAGGAGGCGGUGUUGGUCUCUCCAGAGGCGCGAUUGCAUCUUCGUCCCGUGACCCUCAUCGAGGCCGUCGCCGACCCGGGUGAUUAGCCUUAACAACGAGCCAUCAGCGACGCGCCGGGAACUGCCGUCAAUUGGAACUACCGCCCGGGGCUUAACGAGACCCCUCGCCCCCCCCUGAUGGACCCACGCGGGGGGAAGAAGGAGAUUAACACGCCAGGUUAAGAGACGGACGCCAAUUAGGGAGUGUGUCAUCGCCGCGGUGACGAAGCGUGAUUGCGCGCGAGGGAAGCCCUGCCUGCCGCCGUCCCCGCCCGCGACUGCGCCCCCGAGGGUAGGCUUAAGCGAUCUCGUGAUUGUGACAAAUAAGGUGCGUGUUGCAGCCCGCCAAUUGCGCUAACGAAGACUCGGCCUUCAGGACGCCCGAGACGCCUCAAGACACCACGUGAGCCCGUGACGUCACCGCUCGUUGGAGGAGCAAGAAGAAGGAAGAAAGGAAGGAGAUAAGAGAACUUGAAAGAAGGGCCAAGGAAAGAAAAGGCAAAGUGUGAUCGACUCCAAGUAAUUCCUGUGUAUUCCUGUAGUUCGAUAGGCAAGUGCGAGAGACAGAUCCAUAGUUAGAAAGACAGAGAACAUUUUUUUUUAAAGAAAAUUCAAAUAGCAAGCGAAAGACAAGCAAUCAGUGUCCACAGGCCAGGAGCGCCGAGCGCCGAAAGAAUUCCGAAGGAACAGCCCGUAGAGCGCCUCGCCGCGCCAGCUUGGAUGCCGGAGGGCGGGAAGGAGGCAUGAACGGGCAGUCCCCCACCUCCAGCAGCGCCACCAGUCCGGCCUCCGUCACAGCUCCCGUCGGCGUCGUUGGCAAGUCCCUCGGGGGCCCCUCUGCAGCAGGCGGGAACCUUGGAGGCGUCGUCGGAGGCGCAGGAGCCGGAGGCGGCAGCGGAGGAGGCGGCGGAGGCGUGGCCACGAGCGGGGGCGGGGGCGUAGCGCCGCCGACAAGCCUUUCGGGCGGAGCCGCGGGCGGCGGCGGCGGAGGAACCUUCCACAGCAUCCAGGUCAUGUUAGGUCUUCCAGGCGACCUCAUGCUGUCGUCGUCCCUCCCGCCCUCGCACAGGGACUACCACGACCCCCCCUUGCCCCCCACGCCCACGCCGGCCACCCACACCAUGACGCCCAUCCCGCACACCACCACCCACUCCACUGCCCCCACGCCGCCCCAGCCGGCCCACUACAACCCACAGCAGCAGCAGCAACAGCCGCCCACACUGCCCGCUCUCACAAACCUCAACGCCCAGACGAGCCACGCCCACGUCCAGAACAACCACACCCACGUCCAAACUUCACACGCCCACGUGGCAGCUGGCGCGCAUAACCACGCCCACAAUCAUGCCCACGGGCAGGCAGGGACGAGCACGUCUCUGGAGUCGUCGAUGGGCGGCCCGGUGGUGGGCGAGAAGAGGAAGCUGGAGGACAACGGGCCCGCGGGCGGGUACCCGCCGGUGCAGGCCGCCCAGGCAGCGCCCGCGCAGUGCUCCCCCCCGCCCGGCCAGCCCCAGCCCGGCAACGCAGGCGAAUCGGCAACCAAGAAAUCCGAUUCGAAAGCAAAGAAAGCGUCAGACACACCUGGCGUCAAGAAAAAGAAAACCAGAACCACAUUCACCGCCUACCAGCUCGAGGAACUGGAGCGGGCGUUCGAGCGGGCGCCGUAUCCGGAUGUGUUCGCGCGGGAAGAGUUGGCCGUCAAACUCAACUUGUCCGAAUCCCGUGUCCAAGUGUGGUUCCAGAACCGCCGCGCGAAAUGGAGGAAGCGAGAACCGCCCAGGAAAAAUUAUAUUCCACCAGGAGGAAUGGGAGGCGGUUUGGGCGGCACAUUCAACUCCCUCAAUUCUCUGAACACGCUCUCGCCCUUCAACUCCGGAGAAGCAUGGAGUUACUCCACGUCCUACGACCCCGCCCACCUCAAUCUGCUAGGCCCCGCCUCUUACUCAUUCUCAGCCAAUCAUAACCCGGGCUACAGCUACCCUAUGCUUUCUCAGCCAGUGGGGAUCAACGAUUCCCUUUUUACAAAUCCCAUCGGCCAAAUGCGGGCGGGAGAUUUCCAGUCGUCAACGGGGAUGCGGGAUUUUGGGAGCGGCCCCCUGAAGACCUACGAUUACCUGCAGGAAGUCAAGACGGAGGAUUUUCUCCAGGAGAAGCGAGACGCCAACAUGAACAGCGUCCGCCACCAGCUGGCCCCAAAGGAAAACAAGGAUUCUUCGUACACCACGCUCCCUUCUUUUUUAAGCUAA